CUAUAAAUACGAGCAAAAUGAACAAAAUCUUAAACACACAUUGGCACUGAAAGAAACAGAGAAGGAUAAUAGAUGGCUUCUUUUCUGUGGAGUGUAUGUUUAAGUUUCUUGCUUUUGGCUUCUGUAUCUACGGCUGCCGCCCCAAGAAGGCCUAUUGAUGUACCUUUCGGCCGUAACUACAUGCCCACUUGGGCUUUUGAUCACAUCAAGUACUUCAAUGGAGGUUCUGAGAUUCAGCUCAUACUAGACAAAUACACAGGUACUGGCUUUCAAUCCAAAGGAUCUUACUUGUUUGGUCACUUCAGUAUGCACAUAAAAAUGGUUCCAGGGGAUUCUGCUGGAACUGUUACUGCUUUCUAUUUAUCCUCUCAAAACAAUGAGCACGAUGAGAUAGAUUUUGAGUUCUUGGGAAACAGAACUGGGCAACCUUACAUUUUGCAGACAAAUGUAUUUACUGGAGGAAAAGGAGAUAGAGAGCAGAGAAUUUAUCUGUGGUUUGAUCCUACCAGGGAAUACCACACUUACUCUGUACUCUGGAACAUGUAUCAGAUUGUGUUCUUUGUGGAUGAUGUUCCAAUUAGGGUUUUCAAGAACUGCAAAGAUUUAGGAGUGAGGUUUCCAUUUGAUCAACCAAUGAAGUUAUACUCAAGCCUGUGGAACGCAGAUGAUUGGGCAACUAGGGGAGGUUUGGAGAAGACAGAUUGGUCCAAGGCUCCCUUUAUAGCUUCCUACAAAGGGUUCCAUAUAGACGGUUGCGAGGCCUCGGUGAAUGCCAAGUUCUGUGAUACACAAGGCAAACGAUGGUGGGAUCAGAGAGAAUUCCAAGAUCUUGACGCUGCACAGUACCGAAGACUCAGUUGGAUUCGCCAAAAAUAUACUAUUUACAAUUACUGUACCGACCGUACCCGUUUUCCUACAAGCGCCCCAGAAUGCGCGCGCGAUCGUGACAUUUAAGGAAAAUACUUACCUAUACCGGUAUAUGUAUCAGCGGAGUGUGCAUGUGCUUUAAAUUAGUAUUCUUCUUCAUUCAAAUUGUUAUACCAUAGUGCUGCUAUUUGAUUGUAUGUUAAUGCUUGUCCUUGAAUGGAUUAAUAUGAAAUGGAGUGUAGUAAAUUGAUAUAAAAUGGUAUUUGUUUAAUCACUUA